AUGUUUGCGGCGGAGAAUGGUCUGAAAGGAGAUCCAAGGCUUGAAGCUAUAUCAGCAGCCAUUAGAGUUGUUCCUGAUUUCCCAAAGAAAGGGAUUAUGUUUCAGGACAUAACAACGUUGUUACUGGAUCAUAAGGCGUUUAAACAUACAAUUGAUAUCUUUGUAGAUCGUUACAAAGACAUGCAAAUCUCUGUUGUUGCUGGAGUUGAAGCAAGAGGUUUUAUGUUUGGUCCUUCCAUUGCUUUAGCCAUAGGUGCAAAGUUUAUCCCUUUGCGUAAACCAGGAAAAUUACCAGGGAAAGUGAUAUCGGAGUCUUAUGAGCUCGAGUAUGGACAUGACCGUUUAGAGAUGCAUAUUGGUGCGGUCGAGCCACGAGAACGCGUCAUUAUCAUCGACGAUCUCGUGGCUACCGGCGGCACUCUCUCCGCCGCGAUUAGCCUAAUAGAAAGCCAAGAAGCUGAAGUUGUGGAGUGUGCUUGUGUUAUUGGCUUGCCUGAAGUCAAGGGACAACACAAGCUGAAAGGGAAGCCGCUUUAUGUGCUGGUGGAGCCAAGUGGAUUAGAUGAAUUCUGUUAA